AUGGAGACUGUGGUGAUUGUCGCCAUAGGCGUGCUGGCCACCAUCUUCCUGGCCUCAUUUGCAGCCUUGGUGGUGGUUUGCAGGCAGCGGUAUUGCCGGCCUCGGGAUCUGCUGCAGCGCUAUGAUUCCAAGCCCAUUGUGGACCUCAUCGGUGCCAUGGAGACACAGUCGGAGCCAUCAGAGGUAGAGCUAGACGAUGUGGUCAUUACCAACCCUCACAUCGAGGCCAUUCUGGAGAACGAAGACUGGAUUGAAGAUGCCUCGGGUCUCAUGUCCCACUGCAUUGCCAUCUUGAAGAUUUGUCACACUCUGACAGAAAAACUUGUUGCCAUGACAAUGGGCUCCGGGGCCAAGAUGAAGACCUCAGCCAGUGUCAGUGACAUCAUCGUGGUGGCCAAGCGGAUCAGCCCCAGAGUGGACGAUGUGGUGAGAUCGAUGUACCCUCCGCUGGACCCCAAGCUCCUGGAGGCACGGACAACUGCCCUGCUCCUGUCAGUCAGCCAUCUGGUGCUGGUGACCAGGAAUGCCUGCCACCUGACCGGGGGCCUGGAUUGGAUCGACCAGUCACUGUCAGCCGCUGAGGAGCACUUGGAAGUCCUUCGAGAAGCAGCCCUGGCUUCUGAGACAGAUAAAGGCCUCCCAGCCCCUGAAGGUUUCCUGCAGGAACAGUCGGCCAUUUAAUGCCUGCUGCCGUCCCCGGGUGGCUCCUCAGAUCCUGGGAGCCUUCCCUAUCCUCUGCCCUGCACCUGCUGCCCGUAGUGUUAGGUGUUCUCCGAGGCUCUGUGUGUAGCUGCGGUCUUGGUUGCAAUGGCCCGUGGCGGCUGGCGAGUGGCAGUCUAACACCACAGUUGGAGGAGACGACCGCCACCCUCUGUGCAGCAGAGCUUUAGAAACUGAUGGAGCGGCCGCUUUAUUGAGCUCACCUAGUGUUUUCAAGAGAAUGGAGCCACCAUCUAAAAAUCACAAGGUUUCGCGUUAAAAUCAGAGUCUCUGGCUUCUCGUAGACAAUCAGAGGAUAAGGCAACUCUGACAUGCAUCAGAAGAAAAUCAGCUGGAGCUCAGUAGGCGCUGUCUCUCUCCACAGGGCUGGUACUCCCUCGCCCGGGAUGGUUCAUUUAUUUGUAGCAUCUUCCUGGGCCCCCGAGGCGUCCAGAGUCCCUCCUUCCCUUAACCAGGUUUGGCUUUGAAAGUGAGCUUCACGGGGUUGAUUCUUCCCCUUCUGUCCCUGUGCCUGCAAUUCUACCUACCUACCACUAGGAGGACAGUAAACUUUCACUGAGAUUUCC